ACCAAUACGAUUCGUACCAAUACGAUUCCAAUCAGUUCUGGAAUAAAAGAAAUAUAGUGCAGUGUGAAUGUGGGAAUGUCAGUGUGGGUGGGAAGCGGCCGCGCGGGCGGCGGACUCGCGCCGCCCGUCACCACAGCCCCGCUGCUCUCCACCAACACGUCCAUGGAGUCCGGCAUCGAGGCCGGAGUCCUGCCAACGGUCACAGGCUCGCUGGCCUCGGCACGGGAUUCGCUGGGCUCGUUGUCGAGGGCCGCCGAGCCGCUCUAUGAUACGGAUCAUACGGAUCUCGGCUCGGAGUUGGACGAGGCGGAGAUCCGAAGGGAGUUGAUGCAUGACAAAUGGCGGUUACUCUUUGAUAGGUUUGACCCUGAAGGCUUUGGCGAGAUCCCCUGGCCUGACUUCCUGGUGACACUACAGAACCCUGACUUCAAAGCGCAAGUGCCGCCCCACAAACAAGAGAUCCUUCUGGACAAAGCUCAGAGUGCAACUAGUGAUUCCAUCACGUUUCAGGAGUUUGUCAAUGUGGUAAGCGUCUCUGAUUACCGGCCUACAGAUAGUCUACAGAUAACCAUCGACAUAAUAUACAAACAGUAGAGUCACAGGCGCCUUGUAAUCUUGUUACAGGAUUUGUUCGAACCUUUAAUACAAUAUUAAGCUCUUUAGCUUCCUCACCCUGAUCUGUUACACCAGAAACAAUUGGUCGUAUCUCUAUUACAUUUAAGUAACACGUUUAACUAAAAGGUUCUGAGGUAGAGCAUUGUAUUUCGCCUGUAAUCCCAUUGUCCAUGUACGAUCUAACGCCCUGUUAAAACUCACAGAACAUUUUAUCCCGACUGUAAGCCAAAUACUAGCAUAAUAUGACCCUCAGAUUUCUAAGAGGUAUACGUAAUUGUAAGUUCGACUUAUGCUGGAUUGAAGUGGUGUUGUGAGUAGCCAUGGCGAAUCCAUGUUAUCUCUUGGCUUAUCUCUUACGAAGCAAAUCUCGGAACACAGGUAAUUCGAUACGAGAUCUCUCGGCUAUCUACGAUGUUAUCAUUCUAUUAUGUCGCUAAUCUUGAUCGUUUUGUAUAAUGUCGUUAUUUGGUUUAAUUUGAUUUACGAGUAGUUAAUUGUUGAGCAAUUGUUUUUGUUAUAUUCACACGUUUUGUUUUUGUUGUAGGUACCUGUGCUGUGCUGUGCUAUACAGUGUAUAUUUGAGUUAUGCUUAUUUAUUUUGUUAACCU